AUGCCCGACCUUGGGCAUUACCGACCUGCUGCCAACUCGGCCAACUCAGCAGGUCCGAGCUACACUUUUCAUUCCGAAGACGGCCCGGCCGGUCUUCAGCACCAGGCUGCUCGCCCUAAAAAGCUUUCUUAUGUCGACACAACUGCGACUGCCAAUUGCUCAAACCAGAGAACCACUCUACCAGUCACAGUGCAGCAACUCCAGCUCCACAAACAAGCGUCCGUCCCCUGUCUCAAGCCACUGCCCUCAGUGCCCAAGGACGUCGAUGCAGACGAAGACUUUGACGUCGACGGCAUCGAGCUUGUCCGCCCUUCUCCUCUCACCACGCCGUACGGCGACAACGACAUUCACAUCGAGUCCGACAUCUCGAGCGCUUCUGCCAGCAGCGCCGCCAGCAGUGCCGCUUCGUCGUCCAUGGACACCAAUUGGCAUGAGACCUCGCUCCGCAACCAGGUGGCUAAGCUUCAUAUCCAGUAUACCGACGUAGAUCUCGCACAGACGGAGGCGCCGAGCGUGUUUGGCCUUCGCCGUCGAAUCGUCGCUGCCGCGCUCGACCAUGUUGCACAUCAUCGUCCACAGGACGCAGACGUAGAAGCUUCGGGCAGCAGCUCGAGGCAAUUCGACGAGAGGGGCAUGUCUACUUGGCUUUCAGUUCAGCAGUCAAAUAGCCAACGGAAGGGGAACAUCCUGCGCAAGAAGAUCUCGUUUGGAAAGAAGCACGCCAGAGCGGCUGUAGCGGGGCAGAUACCUGCACACGAUCCCAUGCCCAACGGCGUUGCAGUCUCGGAGCACCGCAGUCGAUCCAGCUCGGCCACCACAGGCGGGACGGGCCCGCACGACAAGAUGCUCAAACGCGACAAGGAGCUUGCCGAACGAGAGGUCGACUUCGACUUGGUCGUUCUCAGUCGAUUCGAGACAGCAGAACUCAAGAUGACUGUCUACACCGAGCAUCGGCAGGGCAGCUGGGUGAUCAAAGGUCCCGCGCCGCAGGGCACGACCGUUCUCGACGAGCCGCCUUUGGUGUACAGCCCUUGGGACUGCCAGAUCGAUAGCCGAGCGAUCGUCGAGCGUAAGAAGCUGCGUUCCUUCAUCGAGCUUAGCGACACCACGUGCAACAUCCGCUGCGCGACUUGCAGCAGCAGAAGCGACUCUUUGCGCCACGAAGCCCAUCGAGUUGCUUCACAAGCUUUCGUCGCGUGCAGGCAGUGCGAGGGCAGCGGCGCUGUCCAAACCACCUACGUCGUCUGUGUGACCCUCCGCCAAUCCACUUUCCUCCCGCUCAACAUGCCGGUGCGCCAUCGAGCGGGCAAGCUGCAGGCCGCGUUUCGCUCGUACCUGCCCAAGACGACGGCAGCCAUGUCGCACGUCGACGUGCUUCGCAUGCGGUCGCUCGAAGCCGUGCGUUCGUGUGCGCUUCGUGUGGGCCGGGCGCACUACAGGGAGCACGAUGCACGGCUCUUGAUGGCGAAAGCCGUGCUGGAACGACGUAGCUGCAGCAGUGUCGCUGUGAUCAAUCGCAACAACGGCGUGUUUAGGAUGUUUGACGUGACGGACGGCGGGUGCAUUCGCGGCGGAGCAGGGUUGAUCGAGGAGGAUAGCAGGAUUGUCGAGGUACCCGAGAUUGCAGAGGCGCUGUCUCGACUUCCUGUUACUACGUUGGUUCAUCCAGAGGCAACGUACAGAUUUGUCGACUUGGAGCUGGUCGAUAUGGCCUCGUCCAAAACCCUGUCGUUUGUCGCGGAAAGUCGAUCGCCGAGCGUCUACAGUUACGGGGCCAGCACGCGCGAUUCCUACUCGCCUUCAGCGUUUUCAUUCCUGCAACGAAACGGCGAUGGCGGCAGCGGUAGCACCUCGCGCGACUCAAACACCGUUCGUGGCGUUCAGCGUCAUGCCCACGGUCGAUCGCAGACCGCGGCAGCGUCCGGGUCGAUCUCGACGUCGGGGAGCACAGCGUCAUCGUUGAGCUCGUUUUCGUCUGCGGGCCCGGUUGCGCCGAGCAAGGCGUCCGGCUCGGUUGCCUCAACGCUUUCCGGGACGAGUGCGAGUGUCUCGAGCCGGACAGUGCAGAGCUGGGAGACGGCUGCGAGCGGCAGUAAAGACCAUACCAGAUCGAGGUAG